AUGAAGCGGUGGAUGUGAAGCUAGCGGAGGAGAUUAAACUGUUACGUUUAUGUUCAUAUUUGUUGGCACGCCGUCCAAACGGGAUGAAGUCCAUCCAAAAUCUUCGCUGUUGUGCAUAUGCCUUGACACGACUUACAGUAAAGGAGAGCGAUGUCCCCACCAGCAGCUAAAUUCCUGGACAAGAUAAACCUCCAGGCAGAAAUAAAGGUGUAAGGACAACAGACGGCGGAAAGCGCUUCCACUGCAAGCCGGUGUGUGUGGUCAUUUGUGUGUGUGUUUAUGGUUGUGUAUGUUUAUGAGUGAGUGGCACAGCAGCUGGGGGUUGUAACGUGAUGCCAAGAUGCUGCUGUCUCUGGGAAUGCUGAUGCUGUCGGCCACGCAGAUUUACACCAUCUUCACUGUUCAGCUCUUCGCCUUCCUCAACCUGCUGCCCGUGGGGGCCGACAUCGCUGCUUACUCAUUUGACAACAAGACUGAUAACUUUGAUGACCUGCCUGCACGGUUUGGUUAUCGGCUACCCAGCGAUGGACUGAAGGGCUUCCUGAUUGGUGCACGACCAGAAAAUGCGUGCCAGCCCAUCGAGCCUCCGCCCAGGGACAACCUGACGGGGGCCUUCAUCGUCCUCAUCAAACGCUUCGACUGCAACUUCGACAUCAAGGUCCUUAAUGCCCAGAAAGCCGGGUACAAGGCAGCCAUUGUUCACAAUGUGGACUCUGAUGACUUAAUCAGCAUGGGAUCAAAUGACUUGGAUGUUAUGAAGCAGAUCGAUAUCCCCUCUGUGUUUGUGAGCGAGGUGACGGCCAACUCUCUGAAAGACGACUUCACGUAUGACAAGGGGGGACACGUGGUCCUCAUGCCAGACUUCAGUCUGCCACUGGAAUACUACCUGAUCCCCUUCCUCAUCAUUGUGGGAAUCUGCCUCAUCCUCAUCGUUGUGUUCAUGAUCACCAAGUUUGUCCAGGAUCGACACAGGGCUCGGAGGAGCCGCCUGCGGAAAGAUCAGCUAAAGAAACUUCCCAUCCACAAGUACAAGAAAGGAGACAACUACGAUGUGUGCGCCAUCUGCCUGGACGAAUAUGAAGAAGGGGACAAGCUCCGAGUCUUGCCUUGUUCUCAUGCCUACCACAGCAAGUGUGUGGACCCCUGGCUGACCAAGACCAAGAAGACGUGUCCGGUGUGUAAGCAGAAGGUGGUCCCGUCGCAGGGGGACUCUGACUCGGACUCCGAGGAGGGGGAUAGCGGCCUCGAUGAGAACGAGGAGGUGUCGGAGAGCACCCCCCUGCUGCGCUCCCUGGCCUCCACCAGCGCCCACUCCUUCGGCACCAUGUCGGGGGCCUCUCGCUCCGAGCAGGACCCCGAGUCCUCCGACUACGAGGACGACGAGCUGGACAGCAGCGACAGCGACGACGAGGUCACCGUGGAAACCGUGGUGGUGCAGAUGCAGCAGCCCUGCUCUGAAGACCACGAGCAGGACCUGCCCCAAGCUUGACUGAUUGUUGGCACUAAACCCCCCCUCCCUUCACCCCACAACCUCUCAGCUGCAGAGACAUUGGGUGGGGGGGGUCACAAAACAGAUUCAUCUCUCUUCUGUCACUGCUUACAAGACAUUGUAUCGUAUUGUCCUUACAAAGUUUCAAAUGCAUAUCUACGUUUUUUUUUUACAUGAUUUCAGAUAAAGUGCUGAUGUGUGACAGGAAGUCGGGAGCGGCAGGUUGGUGAUGUACAGUAGACUUUUAUACUGUACUCUUUAGUCAAAGAUGAUAGACGGAUGGAAAAGUCCUAGAAACAUCACGCUUGUUCAGUAAAAGUACUAUGUAUAUAAAAAGUAUAAAUCACAAUAAGUUGCAUCUUAACCUUUGACCAUCUUCUACAUGUUUCAGAUGGAGGUUCAUUACUGUACAUACAUGCUACACUGACACUCCAACAACUGCUAUGCAGCAUCCUUUUUGUAAAAUAAAAAACUACAGAAACAUUUUAAGCCACAGCAAUAUGGUUUUGCCAAUGUAUCUCUAGCCUGAUAUGAGGGAGCCAAGGUGCUCCUGUCUGUUUUGUGCCACGGUUAAUCUGUUACGAAUCACUCUGACAAACUGAAGCCAAACCAGUUUGAGAAACUCGUGGCUAAGAAUGUCUCCAUGUGACGUCACGUUGUGCAGAGACACUCGAGUGGAAACUCACGCUGCCUGUGGGGAACUUCUUCUGGCUGCUGCAGACCUAUCACUCUUAACACGCGCCGUUAUUGGUGGAUAGUCCUGUGACACACAUUUAACUGACCUUAUCUCAUUUGAAGUUUAUAGUAAAUAUGCUUGUUUUUCUUCUCCAUAACAUGGCUUGAUUUUUUUUUGUUUAUAAACCCUGUUGCCUUUUUCAGUUGAUGUCUUGUUAGUGUUUUCCUGCUCAUGUGUCUGUUCUUGAUAUGAAUUCACUUCAAUAAAAUGAAAAUGACACGGAAA